AUGGAUGCGCGCCGAGGAGCGGCUCUGCAAAUAGCUGGCUCGCAGGCAUCACCUCUGCCGGCGGAGGCUGUUUACCUCACAGUCCCUCCAGCCUACAGGGCGCCGCCAUCUUGGACGUACAGCACCUCCCCCGUCGUGAAGAGGCCACGGCCGGCGACAGCUUCCGCCACGAAAAAGAGUCCCCCGCGGGGCCUCGCCUCUCCCUGGAACCCAGCGGCCGGUGAUGGCGGUCGGCAGCCGCGCUGGACGGAGGAGGCCGUGCUGCUCAUUCCUGAUGAUGCGAACCGGGGGAAGGAAGAACCGACGAGACCUGAGGGGGUGGGGAGGGGGCGGGGCCCGGCGGAAGGAUCCCGAAAGGAGGCCGCUGAGCGAUCUUGUGACUCCGAAGGAGGCAAAAAGAAGGGCCGGCGCGGUGGGCGGGGCUACGCGGGAGGGCGAGGGGCGGGGCGCGGGUCACGUGGCCCGGCGGCGGCGCGGGCGGGGCUGUGCCAGAGGCGUAAACAAGUUGGCGGGGCUGGGUGUGGCUGGGGCGCCUUCUGCCUUUCCUGGGCGUCCGGCUGGCAGGCCGGGUGCCUGUGCGGGCCGCGGAGCUGCGAUCGGGGUCCCGCAGAGCCGCUGGGCCCGCAGCCUUGCCUUCGCGGAGGCUUGCCAAAGCCCAGGCUGGCCCAGCCGCAGGGGGUGAGCGUGGACCUGUGACCCGGAGGUCACGGUUCGACUCCCGGGUUGCGGGCUCCAUCCCCAGUGUGGGGCCUGCAGGAGGUGGCCGAUUAAUCUGUCAUCUCUGUCAUCAUGGAUGUUUCUCUCUCUCCCUCUCCCUUCCUCUCUGACAUCAAUAAAAAUACAUAAAAAAAAAAAGCCCACCUCUUGAGACUGCCCUCUGGUUGCUAACACUCAGACCUGGCCUAUGGAAACCACCCUAGUCGGAGCAGGCGGCUUUCUUUUCUUUUUUUAAGAGAAAAACGUUAUGAGUUUAUUUGAGGCAAAUUGACGACCAUUGUGGGGGAAGCAAAAUCUCAACGAAUUUUUUAAAAAUACAUUUUUUAUUGAUUUUUUUACAGAGAGGAAGGGAGAGAGAUAGAUAGAAACA